UCCCGCACACCAGAGGUCACGUCGGGUCAGUUCAGGUCACCGGUCGCCGAGAGGAACCACAACAGGAUGGCCGGCUGUGGCACUGGACCAGCGGCGGUAGUCGCUUUCCUGCUGGUGGUGCUAGCUGUUCUGGUCCAGGUCCGGUCAGCACCCUUGGACGACACCUACGUCCCGUACAGCGUGAACGGCGAGCCGCAGGCGGGCCAGGGCGGCAGCGGCUCCGAGGCAGGACUCAUCCGACGGCUGCUCGACGACCUGCGGGCUGGCCAGAUCAGAUACAGGACGCAGCAGAAGCGGACCUGUUUGUUUAACGGCGGCAUGUCACACUCGUGCGACUACAAGGACGCCGUCGGCGCCAUGGACGAGGACAUGUUCUACAACUCACUGAGCAGCCCCGGUAAACGGAGGCGACGCUCCGCCUGAGCGAUCCGGCUCGCGACACCCAAUCAUUGCGGACAGCUGAACGACGUUAGUACUUCCGGGCGAGGCGACGGCGAGAGAGGAGGCACGUCGCCACGCCUGGCCGCGCCGGGGGAGGGGGAGGGGACGGGCGCGCUGCCGACCCUCCUCCGGGCGCGGCGGCUGCAGCUGCGUCGGCUCCGUCGUCUGCGUUCCGUACCUGUACCCACUGAGCCAACCUGCAUGUUGUCGGCGUUAUAUAUGCUCCCGCGGCCGCUUACGGCCGCCUGCGCGCGCCUCAGACAUGCCCUCGCCUUCCGGUGACGAGCCUCUCUCGAGUGCGUGCGACGAAAUUGCCUGCAUUCUCUACUGCUGCUGAGCGCCGCAGAGCCGCCAGACCUAUGUCAACAAAACGUGAUCGAGUGCGGUGGCCCAGGGCCCAAGCAGGCUGAACCGCGAGGCUGGUCUGUGCUAUGCGCUGUGUGUCCUUCUGCUCUUGCGUUCUCCAAUACACGAGUUGUACGCGAGCAGUUGAGGUACCAACGGCGGCUACCAAUCUCUCAACGGAAUGUGUACCUGCUGUUGCCACAUCUCCACUCACGCCUUCCUUUCGGUGUGUGUCGCACAUUGUUGCCGUCAAACAAUA